GUGCACGACAACAAAUGGGAGCCCCGCCCCCGCCCCUACAAGUACUGGGCCGACCUGCAGAAGGACCCGGUCUUCCACCCGGACAACGUCAGGGACGUGGUGGUGGCCCGACACAGCAUCGCCUUCAUCCCCUGCAAGAUCAUAGGCCUUGUCGACCACUCGUCGCGGUGGCCCUGAUCAAGGGGAAGAGAGAGCGGUACCUAAACAGCGGAGAGGACAUCAUCUUGCAGUGCACCAUUCCGAGGCUAACCUACCCCCCCGAAUACUUCCUGUGGUACCUUGGGGACAACAUCUACACCUACGAGGACAAGGAGAAUGUCGAGGUGAUCACGGAAUCCAAGACCAAGACUUCGACUCUCGUCAUCUACAACGCGCAGGUGUCAGACUCCGGGAACUACACCUGCACAGCCUCGAACGCCUUCCCGUCGCACGUCAUAGUUCACGUGGUUCCAGAGGAGGUUCCUUCAGCCAUCCACCACGAAUCUUCCAACGGCUGCUGCUGUUGCGCCUACUGCAGCGGCAGGACGAGGAGCUCAGACGGACUACAAAGGCUCCUCCUUUCCAUCUUCAUAUACUUAGUCCUCUGUACAUAGGGGACUCCCACGCACCGUUAUCUCUCUCUCUCUCUCUCUCUCUCUCUCUCUCUCUCUCUCUCCUUUUUUUAAGUUUACUCUCUCUUCUUAGGUUGGAAAAAUAUUAUACCUAACUUGUAAACAGAUGUAUACAAGAAGUCAUCUGCAACAAACGUCAUCCAUCUCUCUCUCUCUCUCUCUCUCUCUCUCUCUCUCUCUCUCUCUCUCUCUCUCUCUCUCCAAUUCAACGCCAGCCAGCUUUCGCUCCAUUCAUCAGUGAAGACCGUGGCACAAUUCACAGGAAGGUUCGAAAUGAAGAAGAUUUAUUAUUAUUAUUAUUAUUAUUAUUAUUAUUAUUAUUAUUAUUAUUAUUAUUAUUCAGCAGAUGGAACAUAUUCACAUGUGACAAGCCCACCAAAGGGGCCGUUGCUGACUCGAAAUUCAACCCUUCCAAAGAAUAUCAUGGCAUUCAUUAGGAAGUAGUAACAGGAGGUAAAGGGAUGUUUGGAUGUUUGGUCGAAUUCAGAGCUGUGCAAAGCUAUACUCUGUUUUCUUCCAUCUGUCCAUCCGCCUGUGGUGUCUUCGCAUGGUAACACUGCGUCCGUCCCGGGCUUUAAAUAGUUACGCUAUGUGUAAAUUUUAGGUAAAUAAAAGGAUUUCUGGGUGUACAUUUGCAACUGAAAAGUGUUUUAAUAAUUUACUGUAUGCGAAUUACACCGUUUAUUUUUCGAAAUAGGAUAUUUAAAGCCCGGGACGCAGUGUUACCAUGCGCAAACACCACAUGCGGAUGGACAGAUGGAAAAAAACAGCGUAUAGUUAAAUAUAUAUAUUUUUAACAUUCAUAUGAUGGAAGCGACUCGUUAUAAACGGAACCGUGUUUAUAUAUAUAAUUAUUCCAGGAGACGAAUGACAAUCAUUAUAAAGCAAAAUUACCUCAGAGACAUUGUGAGUGACAGUUCCAUCAAACAAGUCACAAAUACCUCGAGGUUUCUCCAGCGCAAUAGACUGUUUUUUUUUCUGUUCGGUGGUGGCCUAUGCUGUUGUACCUAUAGACGUUGCCAGAAGUACGAUUAUAUCUAACCUUAACCUUCAAUAUGAUAAAAAAAACUAUUGAGGCUAGAGGGCUGCAAUUGUGUAGUACGUUCGAUGAUUGGAGGGUCGAUGAUCAACGCACCAAUUUGCAGCCCUUUAGCCUCAGGAUUUUGUAAGAUCUGAGGGUGGACAAAGAAGGUGCCGUUAGAGAAAAUGUGGACAGGAAAAAGUGAGGUAUGAGAAAGUGAGGACAGACCAAAGUGCAUACAGACAGACAGACAAAGCCAUCUCAAUAGUUUUAUUUUACAGAAAACCAAUAAUGCGUCCAAGUUUAUGAAACAUUUAAACGAAAUAUUCUUUAAGAAGUGUCUUUGAAUUCGUGGUUGUGUAUACGCUAGUGUUUAUAUAUUUUCUAUAAGAAAAAAAACUGCUUAUUAUAAAUCAUAUCUUCCCGAAGAAACAUCAUCACUGACAGUUCUCCUGUCAAAAAAAAUGUGUCGCAGUUUCUGACGCCUAAUCGAAAUAUCCUUCAGCAAUAAAUAAAUAAAUAAAUAAAUAAAAAUGAAAAAAAAAAAUGCUCGUGGCGUUAAGCAAAUCAUGAACAUUCUAGUGGAAAGAUUUUCCCAUUUCAAAAACUCACGUUAUAUUUUUUCGCGGGCUUUUUUUCUUCUUUUUUUUUUUUUGGCGGGAGUAUGUCACACUGAUUACCGCAUGAUUGUGUUUUGAUUGGCCGCUUGGCGAAUUCCACGCCGUGUGUUUAAACCAACCAGCACCGACGGAUGACAGGGCGUGUGACGAGAAUUGGUGGCUCAUUAGAUACUGAUGGAGUUUCGCCAAAAGAUAAAAAUGGUAAAAAAAAUAAAAUCUGUCUGAAAAACAUUUCCAUAUCCACUACUCAUCUCACUGGGAGGAAACAUUUUUGUUUAUUCGUUUGAAGAAUAAUUAAUGAUUUCAAGAGUAUCAAAAUCCACUACAGAAGGGGUUGGAAGUCAAUGUCAAUGUAUGGAAUACUGAAAUAGAAUGUCACAGUGCAGAAUAUAUCAAGGAAAGGGCCAAAGAUUAAAAGAUACAGGAGGAAAACUGCCAAUUUAUAGAAUACACUGAAGAAAAAUGCCUCUCUACAGAGAUCACUGAAGGAAAGAGCCUUUAUGAAAAAGAUAAAAAAAAAGCUUCUGUACAGAAGACACUGGAGGAAAGGGCCUUUAUAAAAAAAAAGACAAAAAAAUGCCUCUGUAUAGAAGACAAUGAAAUAAAAGGCCACUGUACAGAAGACACCUAUAGACAGAGGACACUGAAAUAAAAGGCCUCUUUACAGAAGACACCUAUAGACAGGACACUGAAGUAAAAAGCCGCUGUACAGAAGACACCUAUAGACAGAGGACACUGAAGUAAAAGGCCUCUGUACAAAAGACACCUAUAGACAGAAGACACUGAAGUAAAAGGCCACUGUACAGAAGACACCUAUAGACAGAAGACACUGAAGUAAAAGGCCACUGUACAGAAGACACCUAUAGACAGAGGACACUGAAGUAAAAGGCCUCUGUACAGAAGACACCUAUAGACAAAAGACACUGUAGGAAAAGGCCUCUAUACAGAAGACAAUAGAGGGGAAAAUGCCAAAUUGCUGAAGACAUUGAAGAAAAAUGCCUAUGAACAGAAAAAACUGAAGAAAAAUACCUCCAUACAGUAGACGCUGAAAUAAAUGCCAAAUUUUCUAAAAGACAUUGAAGAAAAUGCCACAAUUCAUUGCUUGUUUACAUAAUUCACUGAUCAUUUUUCUUUUUUCAUUUAACAAGACUAUUUUUUUUCUUGUGACGCAAUCAUAAACAGCCAAACAGCAGAUGCCAUCAGUGCUCUGAGUACUAAACAAAUACGAAUCAUUUCUGUGAAUGGACCAAGAAAGACUUCAUUAUACUCUCAUUCACUUAUAGAAUGAGUGUUAAAAAAAUAAAGACUAGUGCCUUAAAUAACCAGUGUGGCUCUAGAAGCCUAGUGAUACAGUAGAUGGUAGAUUUGUAAAAGGAUAAUAUAGACUUUUAACUAAAGAAUCACAAUGUUGUUUUUUUUCCGUUUUGUUUAAAGGUAAGUUGAUAGAAAAAAAAUGAUGUAGAAUCUUAUACCCAGAAUGGACUGUAUUUCUGUGUGUUAUUCUUUGAUUCAGUUGGAAUGAUUCACUAAUAUAUUUUGCAUAACAUUCAACUUCUAAACAACAAUAUAUUAUUAUGAUUUAAACUGCCAUUUGGAGUAGAGUAACAACUUCAGCUUAAUAGACCUUCAUUUUAGCGGAAUUCUCUACUUUUUUUGCAUAGGUCACCAUUUUGGAUGUGAUAUAAAUUUAUUUACAUAUCUGUUAAAUUGACUGUUCAGUGUAGAUACUGGUUAGAUAGAUAGAUGGAUUAUAGAAUUUAGGCUGAUGAGCUAGUUUAGGUUAGGAACUGAGUGGUAAUUGCUGUUAAAUAUGUAAAAAAAAUAUUAAAGAACAGGCUAUAUUAAAGUACCAAAAAAAAUAAAAAUAAGAAAUAAAAAAACAGAGGCCAAAAGCGUCUGCUAAGGUGAAGUUGUUACUGUAUUACUCAUGACUGUGAAAAAUAAAAUUCUUCAAAAAAAAAAAAAGUUCCAAUAAAAUAUUCUCGUUUCUAAUGCCG